UCUGUGCCACUCUGUGUUGUGGUAAUUCUGGAAUUCUGGAAAGAAAGUCAGAGCAGAGUAGUGAAAGGUUUGGUAUUGUUUGGUUUGAAUAUGUGUAGUUGUGUAUAAUGGUGUUUGUGGUUAGAGAAACUGAAAUAUUAAAGUAAUUACUUAAUAUUAAUUUAUGUAUCAGUAAUGGAGACAAUACUGGAACAGCAACGAAGAUACCAUGAAGAGAGAGAACGCCUUAUGGAUGCAAUGGUGAAAGAAAUGCUUCACAAAAAGUCUGGUUAUCGUGAAGUAAUAAACUCUGAUCACCGGCUGAAAAUGUUGCUUGAUCAUUACAUGGAUAGCACUAACAACCUGAAGGAGCUAUAUGAAGAUAAAGAUGGACUGAGGAAGGAAGAAGUGGCAGCUCUUUCUGGACCAAAUGAGUUUGCAGAAUUUUACACAAGAUUGAAGGGUAUCAAGGAUUUUUACCGGCGAUUGCCAAAUGAGAUCAGUAUUCCUAUGUCUGUAGAAUUUGAGGAGCUGGCAAAGCUAAGAGACAAUCCUUCUGAUGAACAAGCAAAUAUGGUGGAGUUUACUGAUGAGGAAGGUUAUGGCAAGUACUUGGAUCUUCAUGAGUGUUAUGAGAAGUAUGUGAAUCUGAAAGGCAUAGAGAAGGUGGAUUACAUCACAUACCUGACAACGUUCGAUCACUUGUUUGACAUCCCUAAAGAUCGCAAGAACUCAGAGUACCGCAAAUAUCUGGAAGUUCUCUUGGAGUAUCUGCACUUGUACUUGACACGUGUCCGCCCAUUACUGGACCUGAAUGGCGAACUGGAGACUGUGCAUCGACAGUUUCAAACCCAGUGGGAAGCUGGCACAUUUCCUGGUUGGCCUAAAGAAACAGGCAGUGCGCUGACACACGUGGGUGCACAUCUGGAUCUCUCAGCCUUUUCUUCAUGGGAGGAGUUGGCUUCCCUUGGACUUGAUCGUCUCAAAUCUGCUCUCAUGGCCCUUGGACUUAAAUGUGGAGGAACUCUGGAGGAGAGAGCCCAACGGUUGUUUGGUACAAAAGGCAAGAAGUCGUUAGAUCCCUCGCUGUUUGCUAAGAACAAGCCAGGCAAAGUAGGACGUGGCAAGGAGAGUGAACGUCAGCGUGAGAUUGCUUCUCUUGAGGCUCAAGUAUACAAGUUCACAGAGCUGUUAUCAGAACAGAGGAAUGCUACAAAGGAAAAUGUUCAGAGAAAACAGGCUCGUACUGAAGGUGAGCGUGAUGACUCAGAUGCUGAGGCCAGUGCCAGCGAAUCAGAAGAUGAAGAUGAUACAGAUGUGCCAUAUAAUCCAAAGAACUUACCUUUAGGUUGGGAUGGCAAGCCAAUUCCAUAUUGGCUGUAUAAACUGCAUGGACUUAACAUCAGCUACAACUGUGAGAUCUGCGGCAACUUCACAUAUAAGGGGCCCAAGGCUUUCCAGAGGCACUUUGCUGAAUGGCGCCAUGCUCAUGGAAUGAGAUGUCUGGGGAUCCCAAACACAGCUCACUUUGCCAAUGUUACGCAGAUUGAAGAUGCCCUUGCAUUGUGGGAGAAACUGAAGAACCAGAAGCAUGGUGAGCGCUGGCAACCAGAACAGGAGGAGGAAUAUGAAGAUUCGCAAGGAAAUGUUGUUAACCGCAAGACUUAUGAAGAUCUGAAGAGGCAGGGGCUCCUCUGAUUUCAUUUCAGUAUAUGGAGUAUAAACUACUGCUGACUUGUAUGUGGAGUCUUACAAAAUGAAUCUGGUUGAAAAAUAAUAGACUGUUUCAUCUGAAAUGGUAUGCUUGGAGACCUUCUCCAGCUUAUCAUCACACAGUGGGAAUGGAACUAAAGCUCCAUGCAGUGUACACUUUGGCUUCAGCUUCAUAUUUAAAUAAAGUCACAUAUUAGCAACACUUCUGUGGUCCUUCUCAGACAGAAAUUACUUGAGGUCAGGAAGCCUCCCCCCUCAUUCACGUUUACUUCCUGCUGGAAUGAGUUCUAGGGCAUUUCCAUCUUGAUGGGUAUGACAGUCUUUCCUUUGCAUGCUCCAAAAAGUAAAAAGAAAUUAGAAUUGGAAAAUUGUCUCUCCAUGAAUGGGAUCGUCACAGCACUGAAAAGAGCAGUUUUCUUGUUUGUUCAUUCCUGUUGGCCCAAAACAGCCUCAAUUUUCUCUAUCAAUGACCACCUUCCUUGUGACCUGCUUGCAUAACCCAACUGACACUUCAUAUUACAUACUUGACCCUGAAGAUUGAGAUAGCAUGUUCAUUUGAAACAGCAAUAUCUGCCUACAAGACUAAGAUAUAGAGGAUACUGAAGAAUUCAAUCUGGAAAAAUAAAUAUUUGUUACUGUCACUGGGAUCGUCACACAUGUAGAAAGUAUUUUGUGGAAACUAUGUUGCUAGCCAGUGGGAUUCAUAAAACACAUCUGUAGAACAGUAUUUACAUAAUCACAUCUUUGAUUCAGACUGAUACGGAAAACUUGAGCCAGGGAAGUAGGCAGAGUUCACCACACAUUCACAGUGGAAAGUACAUUGAAUCCUUUGUCUAAUGUAUGGAAAAAGUGUCUUGUGAAAUGGGUAGUAGUGAAGGUAAAGAUGUCCUUAAUUAAUUAAGCCCCAUGCCAUAAAAACAUUUGCAGGGGAAGUAUAGCUGCACUAUUCUUGACCUUGGGACUUGGAUAUGAGUGGCCAGCUUCAUGCAACUCCGACCCCUGCUGGGAAUUGAACCCCAGCCCAUAGCCCAGUGCUAUACUCACUGAGCUAUCCUGGCCCAAAAAUGGGUACUAGUAUAAGAUGCAUUUAGCUUUGAUCCAUUUUUGUCAGUGAAAAGUGAUUAAUACAGAAAAUAAAACAAAAUACUUGUUAUA